UUUCCCCUCCUCCUCACUUUAAAUUAUUUCCAUAUUUUAUGGCAUUUUUAGUAUUUUCUAGCAUUUAUAAGCCCUCAAAACUUUUAAAUAUUUUUUUCUAUUUGAUCACUUCUUGUUUAUCGCGCAUCCCUUCCUUCUACCGUAUUUUUAAAAUUAUAAAAAUAAUUAUUUUUAGUUAAAAUUUAAAUUAAAAAAUGUCUAAUGAAGAUAAUUCUUGUCAACGUUUUUUUGCUUUUAGCAAAAGAGUUCCUAGAGAUGUAAAAAGAUUUUGUGGUAUUUGCCGUCAACAUGGGAAAAUGGAAGAAACUAGAGGGCAUAUUUGUGAAUUUAAAGAUUGUGAAUGUCAAAAAUGUAAUUUGGUUAGAAGUAGACGUCUUGUUAUGAGCCAACAAAUCCGCCUUCGAAGAGCACAGGAUAAACGUUUUCAACGUACAGACCGUCCAGAAGAAGCAGAUGUAAUUCCCUUACUUACUCCACAAUUUCAACAGCAAUUAGAACGUUCAACAUCUCCACAACAACCAACAAAUGGGGUAAUUGUAGAUGAUGAAAUCCAACAACAAAUGUUGGAUAUUAAUGGGAAAAAUAUGUGUUAUUUUUGUCAAAAAUGUAAAAAUCACGGAGUUUUGGUUUGGAAAAAGCAACAUAAACGUCAAUGCCCAUUUACAAAUUGUAGUUGUGAUUUUUGUGAAUUAAUAGAGACAAGACGUCGUCUAGAUCAACAUUUGGUUGCUCGACAUAAAAAUGAGGGAUUUGGAAAAGGAAAAUCUUCUCGAAAUAAAUUAAAUUUAGAAAAAGGAGAAGAAGAAAAUAAUAAUUUAAAUAAAAAUUCUGAAGAUGAAGAAAAUACAAAUAAUAUUUUGACAGAAGAACCUCCAACAAAAAAGAAAUCAACAAUUUCAAUUAAUUUAGUUGAAGAAGAAAAUGAAAUUGCCUGUACUUCUUCAAAGGAAUUAGGGAAAAAUAUUAAAUUACAACAAGAACCUUUGGAAGAUUUAAAUAAACAAAUUUGGAAUAUUCAAAAUAAGCAGCAACUUUCACCUAAAAAUAUUAAGUCACGCAAUUCAUCCUUCUCUUCUGUUGACAGUUUUUCAACAUUGCGUGAAAUGUCAGUAGCACCUUUAAUUAAUGACCAACAACAACAAUUACCACCACCUAAUCAACAAACAUUUUUAUUUAAUAAUUUAAAUACAAACAUUUCCUCCUCUUCCUCUUUUCCACAAAACAAUUUGCCAAAUUUUCUGCCAACCGAACAACAACAAACACAGAAAACAACUUCUCCUUUAGACCAAUUUUUAUUAAAUUAUUUAAAUCAAACAAUUCUUCCUUUAAAUUCCCCAAAUUCAAAAAAUUUCCAACAAAAUUCAGAAAACGGAAAUUUAAUAAAUGAAACUGAAAAUAAUAAUGAAUUACAAAAAAAUAUUUUGCUACAAAUAAUUGCUCAAUUACUGCAAGAACAACAAAAAACUAAAAUUGCAGAAACAAUUAUUGGAGCACAUCAUCAAGCACUUUUAAGAAAUUUAAUUUUAACCGGAAAUGGAAAUAGAAAUACAGAAAUGUUUCCAACAUUUUUUGAUCCAACAACAAUUUUUGCUACAAAUUUAUUAGCAGCCCAACAAGGAUUAUUUUUACCCAAAAAUAAUUCUUCUUCAAAUAUUUCAGAAAAUAAUGAGCAACAACAACAAUUACAAAUUCAAUCAGCUUUUAAUAUUUUACAAUCAGGAUUUGGAUUAUUAUAA